CCCGCGCACCCCCGGGCAGGGACGGGACAGGGAAGGGGACACGGGCGGGGGCAGCGGGGAUGCAGCCCCGGAGCAGGCCCGGCACCCCCGGCGCGGCCGCUCCCGCCGCCCGCUCCCCGCGCUCCCCGCCCGCCCUCCCCGCGCCCGCCCCGGCCGCGGCCAUCACGCGAGGCCGGGGAUGCGCGGCCUACCCCGGACCGGCGGGAGGACGGCGGGAAGGAGGAGGGCGGCGGGACGGGGAAAGGGCAGCGGCAAAGGAGCGGGAAUGGGAAGGGGAAUGGGAAGGGGAAUGGGAAUGGGCAAGGGCAGCGGCCCGGCGGCCGCGCGGUGCCGGCGGGCCCGAGGCCGCGGAGGGCCCGCGCUUACUCCGGCGUGGGGUGCUCCGGGUCGUAGAAAUCCCCCAUGGUGGGUGGGCGGGCGCGGGGCUCCGCAAGUGCCCCCAGGCCGGGGAGGCCCCGCUCGCCCCGUCGGGGCUCCUCACAUGGUCCGGCGGGGCCCCCCCGCCACCCGCGCCCAGCCCGGCCCGGCCCCGCCGCGAUCCGCCCCGGCCGCCGGCUCCUCCUCCCGCGGCACCGCGCAGCGCCGGGAGCCCUCCGGGAGCGGCCGCCGGGCCCCGCCGCGCGCCGGCAUCGCGCCCGCCGGUGCCGCCAGCAGCCGCGGCCCCGCCGGGAACCCGCGCGGCACACGGAGGGAUCGCCGCCGAGAUCACGGCGGGCACCGGCACCGGGAUCCGCCGCGGGGCCACCGGGACUUUCUUAGGAACAUAUUGGGAUCGUUCCAGGUCAUCGCCGGGGGCACGCCGGAAUCAGCCUGGGUGUCACGGGGUCCCAACGAGAUCCAGGAAGGGGUCAGCGGGGCACACUGGGAUCAGCGUGGGACUGCCGGGAUCUCCUCCAGGUGAAUGCUGCACCACCAGGAUCUCCUCCAGGUCAGCCCUGUACCACCAAGAUCUCGUCCAGGUCAGCCCUGCACCACCAGCAUCUCCUCCAGGUUAGCGCUGCACCUCCAGCAUCUCCUCCAGGUCAGCCCUUGCACCACCAGGAUCUCGUCCAGGUCAGCCCUGCACCACCAAGAUCUCCAGGUCAGCGCUGCACCACCAGGAUCUCAUCCAGGUCAGCCCUGCACCACCAGGAUCUCCUCCAGGUUAGCACUACACCACCAGGAUCUCCUACAGGUCAGACCUUGCACCACCAGGAUCUCCUCCAGGUCAGCCCUUCACCACCAGGAUCUCCUCCAGGUCAGCCUUGUACCACCAGGAUCUCCUCCAGAUCAGCCCUUGCACCACCAGGAUCUCCUCCAGGUCAGCCCUGCACCACCAAGAUCUCGUCCAGGUCAGCCCUUGCACCUCCAGCAUCUCCUCCAGGUUAGCGCUACACCACCAGGAUCUCCUCCAGGUCAGCCCUUGCACCACCAGGAUCUCAUCCAGGUCAGCCCUGCACCACCAGGAUCUCCUCCAGGUCAGCGCUGCACCACCAGGAUCUCCUCCAGGUCAGCGCUACACCACCAGGAUCUCCUCCAGGUCAGCCCUUGCACCACCAGGAUCUCCUCAGGAUCACACCUGGAUCACUCCCAGGAUCAGCCAUCAGAUCACUAAAAUCUCCCUAGGAUCACCAGGACCAUACCAGGCUCACCCCUGGGAUCACCAGGGCCACACCAGGUUCAGCCACGCUGUUCCUGGGAUCUCAGCGGGAAUCCCCUGGGGCCACACCAGGACUGGCUGCAGGAUCUCCUUGGGAUCACCCCUGGGAUCCUCAGGAUCUCACCAGGAGCAGGUGGGAGAUCACUGGGGUCACACGUGGAUCAGCUGCAGAACUGCUGGGAUCACCAGGGCUACACCUGGAUCACUCAGGGACAGGCAGGGACUUACCAGGAUCUCUCAGCAUCACACUGGGAUCACCCCCAGGAGCACACCUGGACACCAGCACCCCUUGGCACCAGAUCCUUGGGGCUGUUCCAGGUCCCAUUCACCCUAAAAAAUCACUAAACCCCCUCUUUUUCCUUUCACAGGUCAUUUCCCACCUUCCCAGUCCCUGGGAGAGCUCCUCCAUGGAAUGGUGCUGGAGCACUUCAGGAAACCCAGCUGCUUCUGGGAUGUCUGUUCACAUGGAAUCCUCCAAACCACAGUUACAGCUUCCAAUAUUGAGAUUUCUGGGAUUUUCCCAGAUUUGGGAGCAUGGUGUGGACAGGAGGGACCCACAGGGAUAAAGUGGGAAGCAGAGGAGGGGUGGAUAUAGGGAAGGACACAGGAAGGUUUAGUUCCAGUCCUGUGGAAGCAUUUUCCUGGGAAAUCCAGCCUGACCUGAAUUCCCAGCAGCUUUUGGAACCUCUGGAAUUGGAUCAUUACAAGGAAAAGGUGAUUUCUGGGAUGUUCUCCAGUGCCCUCCCAGGGGCCAGGUGCUGUUUUGGGGACAGAAGGAAGCUCCAACAGACCCAAGCAAACUGAGCACCGUGGAUCCAUUCCCUUUGCCAGUUCUCCAUGGAACUGGGGCUGGCCUGGGGAAAAUCUGGGAUGCCUGAACUGGGGAUGCUCCUGCCAUGGCUGGUGCUGGUUUUGGCAGCUGGGGGCUGUUGAUUUGGGGCUUUCAGCAUUCUCCUCUAGACCCCAAAUCCUUCUGAGGGAGCUGGAGGGGCUCAUCCUGGAGAAGAGGAGGCUCAGGGGGCACCUUCUGGCUCCUGCAAUUCCCGGGAGGAAGGUUGGAGCCAGGAGGAGUGGGGCUCUGCUCCCAGGGAACAGGACAAGAGGGAACGGCCUCAAGGGCAGGUUCAGGCAGAUCCAACAGGCCAAGCCACGACUCGUUGCUCCAAUGGGAACAACAGGAGAGCUGCAGCUCGAGCAGCAGGAAAGAGGGAAUCAGGAGCAGCCUGGGUUAUCCACAGCAACCUUUGUGCUGUGAUCCUGCCUUUUCCAGAGGCUCAGGAAAACAAGUGGUGCUGCUGGAACUGCCUGGCUCAUGUCCUGUCCAAACAGCGGCAUCGAUUCCCAGUUAGCUCCCUGCCUGCCCAAAGGUUGCGUGGUUCACUUUUCCUGCUGUUUAUUUUUAUAAAUCGAUGGUGGAUGCGAGCAGGAGGCACUUCCUGAGGUGGCAUUCCUUCGGGAAUGCUGGGAUCCAGGCUAUGUGAGGGGCAGGAAGGACAGGCCUUUCUUCUUCCCAGCAGCCGGGACCAGUCCGGGUUUCCUGUGGAUUUUCCGGAGGGCCGCCAUGGUCCUGUUGAAGGUUUGCUGGGAACAGGGAACACAAAGGGAUCACACUGAGCUCAGCUCAGCUCUCAGAGCACAGGUCUCACCUGUAAAAGCUUUUUUCCUGAAAAAUAAAACCGAAUGCCUUCUCA